AUGGGACCACCCUGCCCUGCAACAUCACGAGGCAAGCUCAGUCCUGUGAUAGGAAGAAGAGUAACGAGGAAAUCCAAGACAUCAACCCAUAAUGGGACUGAAUCACAUGCAGAAUCUGUGUCCAAGAGGAAACGGGCAAAGCCCCAAUUGACCAUUAAGCUCAUGGCAGAUAACCCCAACAUUCUGAAAGAAGAAGGUUUCACUCCAAGAAGGAAGUCCAAGAGAAUUGCUGUGUCACCUUAUUUUAAUGAUCAUGUGAAUGGUACUGGUUUCAUGGCUAUUGAACAAGGAAAGGUCAAUGAAGUUCAAAGCCCUUGCACAGAAAUGCUCCUGGCACUGGAUAGUUCUUUUCUCAGUUCCUUGGACUUGGAUGGUGUUGAUGCUGAACAUAAUCUUGUGGAUAUGAAGUCACAGUGUCAUGACAGUGGAAUAGGCCUUUUUCCCAUGUGCAGCCCUGUGUCAAGUCGUGAGUCCACAAAAACACAGGACAGUCAGAAUUCCUUCUUUCAAGCAGGACAAAUUGGUGAUAGAAUCAGGAGAUCUCUGCUUAGGAACAGCACUGCUGGACUUGAUGACACAGUUCUAAGUGAUCUACAUUUGAGUGGCAUUCCAGAAGGUUCCAUACCACCUGUCACCCUUCCUGACAGUUUCUGUGGUCUUCCCAAACAUGUCGGCCAAGUGCUAAAAGACCAAAGAGGAAUCACAGAACUGUAUGAUUGGCAGAAGGAGUGCCUUAACAUGCCAGGAGUGCAAUCUGGCAGAAACUUACUCCUCUGCCUUCCCACUAGUGGAGGCAAGACACUAGUGGCAGAGAUCCUACUCUUAAAACAAAUCCUGUCACAGAAGAAAAAUGCCAUGCUUGUUUUGCCAUAUGUCUCCAUUGUCCAAGAAAAGGUGAGAGCAAUGGCACCUUUUGCCUUGGCACUCGACUUCCUCAUUGAGGAAUAUGCUGGGGGAAAAGGAGGCUUUCCACCAAAAAAGAGAAGGAACAAGCAAAGCCUAUAUAUUGCAACCAUUGAAAAAGCUCAGGGAGUCGUAAACACACUCUUGGAGGCUGGAAGACUGGAAGAAUUAGGCCUAGUUGUAGUGGAUGAGGUCCAUAUGCUUGGGGAAGGUUCACGAGGAGCAUUAUUGGAAAACCUCAUCACCAAGCUUCACCUUGCAGGCAAAGGCAUCAUUCAGAUUAUAGGAAUGAGUGCCACUAUCAGCAACUUGCAGCAGAUUAAGCAGUUUCUUGAUGCAGAUUUGUACACAUGUCAUUUUCGACCAGUGGAGUUAAAGGAGUUCAUCAAGAUGGACAAUGGCAUCUAUGAAAAAGUUACAAAUGAAGCAAUGCCAUUGUGUCUUUUACGCCAAAUUUGUCCUCCGUAUGGAAAGAAGGAGCAGUCACUUGAUCCAGAUCUUGUUGGCGCCCUUGUAAUGGAAGUUAUUCCAGACCAUUCUUGCCUUAUCUUCUGUCCUACAAAGAAGAACUGUGAGAAUGUGGCCCAGCUUCUCUGCAAGAUCUUACCCAUUGCAAUGCAAGAGAUCAAUAAAGAUGCGAGAGGCAUCCUUCUCAAAGGAUUGAAAAAUGAGAAUGCUGGUCUCAUCUGUCCUGUAUUGAAGAAGACUAUUCCAUUUGGAAUUGCAUAUCAUCAUUCAGGCCUGACGACAGAUGAGCGUAGGCUGAUUGAGGAAGCUUAUUUGGAUGGGACAUUAUGUGUGAUUUGCUGCACGUCUACCCUUGCUGCUGGGGUUAAUCUUCCUGCAAGACGUGUCAUUCUCCGUUCUCCCUAUGUUGGGAAAGAUUUCAUCUCAAGGACACAGUAUAAACAGAUGUCUGGCCGUGCAGGAAGGGCUGGUUUGGAUUCCACAGGAGAGAGUUUUCUCAUGUGCAGUCCCAAGGAGGCUUUGCAGGUGGCAAAUCUUAUAAGUGGACCAGUUGAUUGCACUCUAAGUUCCCUUGGGAAGGAGGAUGGUCAGGGCUUAUGCACCUUUGUGCUUUCCAUUAUUGCCCUGAAUAUUGCCAACAACUUGAAAAAUAUUGAAAUGUGUGUGGCUAAGACUCUAUAUGCCAUACAGGCAGAAGAACUGAAAGCAGAUGUCUUCAAAGAAGCUAAGGAAUGUUUGUGCUGGAUGGCUGAGCAGGGCCUUCUGACAAUCAAGAAAGAUGGGGAAGGUGAAAUGAUGGGAAAUCAAAAAGAUCUGCAGGUGAUUGACAAGGAGAACCAUAAACCAAACCAAGAAGAUCUUAGGAUCAGUCGACUGGGAAAAGCUGCAAUUAGAGGUUGUGUUCCUCUGAGUCGAGCCAAGGUACUCUAUCAAGAUUUAUGUAAAGGAGUGGAGACUCUGGUCCUGGACACAGCCCUGCAUCUCCUCUAUCUAGUCACUCCUUAUGAUUAUGUUGAUCUCAUUGAACCUGUGGCUUCCAUCUACUCCAAAAAGUACAUGAGUCUGCAAGAGGCAGACCUGAGAGUUGCACAAAUUGUUGGAAUCAAUGAGGCGGCCAUUGUCCGUCUUAUGACUAAGGGGACUAUGGACACAACAAUGAGGAGGUUCUAUGUUGCUCUUAUCCUCUAUGACAUGUGGAACCAGCAUCCAAUUUGGUAUGUAGCAGACCGCUACAUGAUGCAUAGAGGGCUGGUUCAGAAUCUCCUAACAUCGGCAUCUUCAUUUGCCUCAAAUGUUCUGCACUUUGUUGAGGAACUGGAAGAGUUGUGGGCCUUGAAGCAGCUUCUUAUGCCAUUCACAGAACGAUUAGCAUAUUGUGUCACUGCUGAGCUCUUACCUCUCAUGGAACUACCUGCUGUCAAAAAGGGUCGAGCUAGACAACUGUAUCAGGCUGGCUAUCGCAGUUUGGAGGAUGUGGCCAAAGCUGGAAUUCAGAACCUUGUCAGAGACAUAGAGCACCUGAGUCGAAAGACUGCUCAACAAAUCAUCACAUCUGCGAAGGUGGAAGAGGCAGCUAUGGAAGAAGCAGAGGAGAAAGGAAACAGCAGCAAGGUGACCCAUCUGCACAUCAUGCGGCAGUUGGAGCAAAGACAUGUCCCUUCGAAUAUUACCAACAUGCUUUGGUCUCCCAAAAUGGAUCUUAUUGCCUUGUCCAACACCAAAGGAGAAGUUUUGUUGCAUCGCCUGUCGUGGCAAAAAGUGUGGGUGAGCUCCCCUCCAGAUGUGGGCAUAUUGGUAUCUUCCUUCUGCUGGCGCCCAGAUGGAAAGAUUCUUGCUGUUGGCUAUCAGAACGGUAUGGUGACUCUGCUGGAAGUGGAGAAAGCAGACUUGAUGGAACGCUUCAACUUCCAAGGAGAGAUCUCUUCCUUGACAUGGACUGUUGGCCCCCUUGCCACACCAUGCACAUUUUUCAAGGAUGACUCUGGUGAAUACUUGCCAAAGUUGCCCUUGCUGUCAGAGAGUUUUGGAUCUGUGAAGAGCUCCUGGGAACGAAACCCUAAUGAUCCUAAGGGAAUCAAAUCACAGGAGACUAUGAAUGUGUUGUGUGUGGGAACAAGUUUGGGAACAAUCUCACUAAUUGCCUUGGGUGUGCUUCCUAUUGCACAAAUUGACCUCAAGAUUUUGACAGGAAAUUCUUGCCACAUCAUCCAUUCUGUCUUAUCAGACUCCCUUUCCCAUCUCCUUGUCACUGUGUCAGAGAGUGACAGACUGUCUCAGAUCAUCCUUGACACUGGUGAACUGGGCUUAAGACAUCAGGAAGUAAUGGUUGUUGCCCAAAAGUAUGGACAGAUCUCAGCUCUUAUGGAGUACCUUGCCCUAGCCAUUGAAGGAAUCACAGAAUCAUGGCAAAACAUUCUCAUUGAGAUGGACUCAAAGCUGGCUGCUUAUGCAUCACGUGUUCCUCCAGGAACAGUAGCAGCAGACUUCCUUGAACUCCUCAUGUUGGGCACUGUGUCAGAUGAGCUUCUAAAGUUUCUUGUUCAUGAUAUCACUGAAAAAGGGCUCAAGAAGCUUAGUCAGUCAGUGAAUCUCAGUUAUACCAACAUCCAAAAGCUGUUUGCAAAACACCUCCAACCUGUGAUUAAGUGUAUUUCAUACCACCUUGCUGAUGUAUUGGGCAUGGCAGCUUGCUCACGACGAUUUGGCUUCCUUGGAUUAAAGGCAGAAAUAAUUAAUCAUGUCAUGCUUGCAGCAGGUUCCCUCUGUUACAAGACUAUGGAGGCACAACAAGUGACUGAUUACUAUAAGACCUCCUUUGCCACCUGCUUCCGGUGGCUUCAUGCUGUCAUCCUACGUCUUUCAGAUGAGUCCUCCGCAACAGAAUCCAUUGGAGAAAUGGAACUACGUUUCAUUGCUGACUUUAUUGUGGAAAAUCUUGACACUGAGGACAGGAAGCACUUCACAUUGGAGAAAGUUGGACAAUAUCUCAAGGAUGAGGACCUCCCACAUCCAAUGUCAAAACAGAGCAAAAAUAAUCAGUGGCUCAAGUUCCUGGAAGAAAAUCCUUGGCUUAAAGACUCGGGGCUAAUCAUUCCUAAGCAUGAAAGCAAGUCCUUGAUCCAAGAACACAAGGCCCUUACUGCAGCGAUCAAAGAUGCUUUUUUAGUCCAGCCACCUGAAGUCCUGGGAAGCUCCGUGAGAGUGCAGUGGAGUCAACAGUUGACAUCUGAGAUUGAAGAUGUAAAUUUGAGAGUGUCUCACUGUAUGAAGGGGGAUGCAACAUACCUAUUGAUCUUUCAUGAGAAAAGGCCAGCUUCAUCCGUGCUUGCGCUGCUGAUCAACAAAAAUUCAAAUGUGGAAGCAGCUUGCAUUAAGUUCAGGAAUGAGGACUUUGUAUUCCUGGAUUUCCAAUUCUAUAAUGAAGAAACAGUGUCUUUCCUCAUUCAAGAUGUUCCAAAUGCCACCCCAAUUAUGAUUCAGUUGCCUUGGGGAAGCAUUUCUUCAGGUCUGGAGAUCCAGCAACAAAAUGAUGAUUUCCUUAGUCAGAGAGACACACUCAAGCUUCACCUCCUGAAUCUAAAUGGUUCAUAUGAAAGACUGGAGCACACAAAGGCGGGAUACAUUGCUGUCAGUGGCUCUAGGAAGGUGGCAUCUGUUCUUUCUGAAGAUAGAAAGGUCAUCAGACUGUUUGAGAUGGAAGCUGAAGAAGAACUGGAUGAGGAAGAAGUUGGAGACUCCUCUGGGGGUCUUGUCAAAGGUAGUGAUCCUGCAAGUGGUUGA